UUCUGUGUCUUCUAUUCGUUUGGUUAUGUUCCCCUGCGACAGUUAGCGACGAUACGGUAACGACUGUGCUACAAUUCGUGACAAUACUGUAACCAGCCGGCUUCAGUGCCCACCGCCCGGAGUCAGGUGUGUCCGCACUUUGUCCAGUCCAGUCCCGUUAUCCGGCUGUACAGCAUACAGCAGACCGGCUCGUGCUCGCCAUGACGCCAGACGUCGGUCUUGUCAGCCUCCCGCCGGCGGACAGCGGCGCGCUCACCGCCGCCCUGGUGCUGGUGCUGGUCUCGAUGCUGGUCGCCCUGAGCCGGCGCAGGCCCCGGGACUUCCCCCCGGCUCCUCCCGGCGUGCGGGCCUGGCCGCUCCUCGGGCACCUGCCGGCCCUCGGCCCCGAGCCGCACCGGACACUCGCCGCCUGGACGGACAGCUGUGGCGACGUGCUCGGGCUGAGGUUCGGGAUGAGUGACGUAGUGGUACUGAACAGCCUGGAGGCGAUGCGGGAGGCCCUGGUUGCCCAGGGAGACGCCUUCUCCUCAAGACCCCGGAUGUUCAUGAUGGACAUCUUCUCGGACGGCGGGAAAGGACUGGUGUUCAGGGCUUUCGGGAAGAGCCUGAUGGAGCAGCGGAAGUUUGCGAUGGUGGUUUUUCGGGACAUACUCUCAAGACCCCGCACGGAGUCCAUGAUGAUCCGGGAGGCCCAAACUCUCGCCUCAACUCUCGCGCAGAAGGCGGGCCGACCCACGAGAGUCCACGAUAACAUCGGGUUAUCCCUGCUGAACGUCACGUGUUCGCUGUGCUUCGGCAGGAGGUUCGAGACGAGCGAUCCAAGGUUCUGGGGGUUCGUCCAUUCGUUGGACAUGUUCGCCAAAAACGCCGCCUGCUGUCAACUCUUCAACAUCUGCCCCUCCCUCGCCAGGGUUCCCAAAAUCAACACGCCGGCAGUCAGGGUUCAAACCGGCAUCAGAGAGGUGAAGGAAUUUGUCCGGUCGGAGACUGAAGGUCACAAGGUCAAGUUCGACAGGGAGAACAUCCGGGACAUUAUAGAUGCCUUCGUUCUGGAGAUGGAGUCGCGCAGGCGCAGUGGCCGGGAUCUUGGCAGUUUCACCGAAAGGGAGAUGGAGCAGGUGAUAUUUGACCUGUUCUUCACGGGAGCAGAGACCAGCUCGACGUGCCUGCGGUGGGCGGUGUUCCUCAUGGCGGUGUACCCUGACGUCCAGGCCCGCAUCCACCGCGAGCUCGACACGGUGCUGGGGCCAGACGGGGAGGUCACCCUGGACAAGCGCGCCGCACUGCCGUUCCUGGACGCCACCAUUAGCGAGGUGCUGCGGUUCCGUCCGGCGGCGCCUUUCAUGUACAGGUGUGCCACCAAGGACUCCAAGCUACGGGAUUACUUCAUACCUGCCGACACGCAGGUGUUGGUGAACCUGUGGUCUAUUCACAUGGACCCGAAGCACUGGCAGAAUCCGGACCAGUUCAACCCGGACCGGUUUCUGAAUUCGGAAGGGACCGUGAAAAUUCCGGAAGCGUUCAAGGCAUUCGGACUUGGCCGCCGACUGUGCUUUGGUGAACAGAUGGCCCGAAUGGAGAUGUUCCUGUUCUUCGCUAUCCUCAUGCAGCACUUCACCUUCAAGCUGCCAGAGGGCGCUCCCGUACCGAACACGAUUGGCGUGUUCGCUCUGACGCUCUCACCACCUCCUCACGAGCUCUGCAUUUUCAAGCGACACUGAAAGAGUAAAAGAGGAAUGGAACUGAGUUUGUUUUAAUUACAAGUAUAUGAUUUUUUUGCAAAAGAAUAUGUUGAUCCCUCAACAUUUUAUGUCUAUAUAUAUUUUCUUCUCGU